ACCAUCUCUCUCCCUCUCUCCCAGUAUCUGCCUCUCCGUCAAAUACAGACUGGGUUGGUUGCUUGGAAAUGAAGCUGUGUCUACCUCUUCUCCUGCUACUUGGAGUCUGCUCUUUGGGAAAGACUGAGGAGGCCAGCACUGUCCCCUCAUCACCUGAUGCCAUAACUUCUGGGGGGAAGGAUGAGAUGGAGAGGAAGGAGGAGAAUGGGGGUUGUGGAGGAGCACAGCAGUUCAGCCCUGAGGCCCGCCAGGUAGUGGGAGGAGCCAUAGAGCGGCUGGGUCUGCAGCUCCUACAGAAGCUGUCAAUUGGUUCCCAGCAGCCAAAUGUCAUCAUAUCACCUCUAAGUGUGUCUCUGGCCCUGGCACAGCUUGCUCUAGGUGCCCGCAAUGAGACAGAGAGGCUGCUGUUGAGCAGUCUUCAUGCCAACAGUGAGCCAUGUUACCAUCACAUCCUUGGGGGCCUGCUACAACACCUGAAUAACACCUUCCUGGACGUGGCCACACGCAUGUAUCUGCGACCAGGGUUUGAUGUGAGGGUCUCCUUUGUGGAUGACUCUCUGGCCAGGUAUGGGUCAGUGCCCGCCCCUCUGGUGUCUGUGGAAGAAGUUAACCAAUGGGUAGAGAACGCCACUGAGGGCCACAUUGCUAACUUCCUGGAAAGCCUUCCACAUGACAUAGUGCUCAUGCUCAUUAAUGCUGUGUACUUUAAAGGUGAAUGGCAAACCCGUUUUGACCCCCAGGUUACCUCUAAAGGAGCGUUCUACCUGGAUGUCCAGAAAGCAGUGUCAGUGGACAUGAUGAAGUCAGCUCAUUACCCUCUCCGCCUGAUGGAUGAUGCAGAACUGCAGGCACAGGUGGCCAGCUUUCCCUUCAAGGGCAACACUAGUUUCCUGGUUGUCAUGCCAUUGCUAGGAAGAGCGAAUGUGUCAUCAGUGCUUCCCAAACUGAAUAUUUCCGACCUUUACAGACGGCUACCUCAGGAGACAACGAUGCAGGUCAACCUACCCAAGUUUAAACUGCAAUAUCGUCAGGAACUCCAGGAAUCGCUCACUAGCAUGGGCCUAGGCUCUCUGUUCUCUGGUCCUGACCUCUCGGGGAUCUCGGACCACCCUCUGAAGGUCACAGCCGUCCGCCACGCCAGCGGGAUAGAGUUGUGCGAGAAAGGGGUUGAGGCGUCCGCAACCACCGUGGUAACCACCAUGCGCUCCAUCUCCCUUUUUUCCAUUAACUCACCGUUCAUCUUUGCCCUUGUGGACGAAGCAUCCCUGACCCCUUUCUUUUUGGGCGUGGUCACCAACCCCGCCCCCGACGAUGAUCCCAUGCCAAGUGACGAUCCCCAUGGCAACAGGACCCAGAGCGAUGAACCUGUUAAACAUAAUGACGGUGAAAUAGACAUGAAUAACAAACAAAGCCGUGGUGCGAUCGGUGAUAGCGACACUCACAGUGACGCAGAGCUGACAGCUGACAGCAGUGUGCAGCCUUGCGGCGCCCCUGCUGAUGGAAAGGAACUACAGCAGUCUCUAAAUGGACCAGGGCAGCCUGGAGAGGGGGACUGUUAGAAUGUGUCCUGGCCUAAAAGUUAAUAUUCCUAACCCCACAGUGUCAUCAAAGAUGCUCAUGCGCAAGUGUUCCUAGAGAAACAUAUAGUAACACUUUAUUUUUUGAACUGUUAUUUGUAAUGCAUUAUAAGGUCUCGCAAGAACAUUGUGAACACAUUGUCAGUGCAUGGUAAUCAAAAGAUAAUACACAAUACUGUACACACAAUGAGGAUUAACUUUUCCGAGGUAGAGGAACCCAACUUUGUAUCUUGGCGGUUUUGAUUUGAGCCACCCAAUACACCAGCUGAUCAUUAAUCAUCUGGUUGAAAUCAGCUGGUGGUUAAAAGAAAACUGGCAGACUGCGAGACAUCCAUGUAACAUAGUGGGGGACUACUUCUCUAUGGCAGGGGUUCCCAAACUUUUUCCUGCCGUGCUGUGAAGAUGCUUUUUGUUUUUUGUUUUUUUGUGGUUUUUUGCUGGGAGACCAACCAAAUAUUUUGCGCAGUAAAAUAAGCAAUGGGUUUCCGUUACCUUAAUCAUCAAACCUCUCUAUAGUGUUCAACAAUGCAGUAUCGAGACAAUGAAAACGGACCUAGGAGGGAUGACGAAAAAAUACGAAAGGUAGGGCUCCCAGGGCUACACAAAUACUUGCUCUCUUGUACCCUCAAAGGAAAAGGUGUUGUGCUCUGGUUUCAAGCAUUUUUUCCCCCCAAAAAAGAUGUUUCAUUGUUGACAUCCACAUACCCAGCCCCCUGCAUUGAGGUUGCUGUGGGUUGCAACCUAUUAAAAACUAUUGCUCUGGGGUAUUUGUACAACUGAUAACCUCACUGCAAAGUUAUAAAGAUUUAAGAUUUGUUACAUUGCGUGUAGGUUUCUGAUAUGCUUACAAUGUUACAAUGGGAUGCGUUUAUGUAUAAUGCGCCUUAUAAUGCACUUCAAGUAAAGUUUUGUGAAUCUCAUUAAGUAUGCACCACAAUGACUGUCUGGUACUCGUUCUUGUUUUCAGCGGGGCCCUACAGCCAACCCCCAAGGCUUGGUUUGACAGCUAAUAAGACUGGUUCUUAAAAAAAUAACUGUUUGUUUAUCAACAGCGACGCAUAAUAUGGAUUAAAGUCCGUGUAUUUCCACUAUUUUUACUCAAGAGCUGACGACUGCAGUUCGCCAUUGUAAUAGGCAAAGUCAAACGGCAACGUCACUGUAAACGUGCAUUGUGUUGGAAUUGACCUGAAAAGUUCUGUGGAAAAUCAUUUCUCAAAAUAAAUUCGUGUUG